AUCUACCACUUCCGAGUAUUUCAGUGUCUCUCACUGAGUGUAUGUGUCUGUGUCCAAUGAGGGCUUGUUUCCAGGUGUGUCAGAUGGUGACUUGAGUGUGGGACUCUGCCUAUGACAGUUUGUGUCUGGUAUCUGAGAGAAUUGCAUGUUUGCGUGGGUCUGUCAGUGCCAGUGCAUCUGUAGUUUGUCUGGAUACUUUCAGUGAUAAGACUGUGUUAUCUGAUAGUGUGUAUGUGAUUGGAUCUAUUUUUGUGACAUUGCUUAUCUAUGUAGUGUUCAUAUCACUACAUGCCUGCUCUGGAGCUGUGUGUGUGCACAUGCGCGCACAUGUGUAACAUCUGUAUAUUCUUGUGACAGAAUCUGGGUCCCUCAUAUCUGGGGCAAUUUUUAUGUAUGUAAAUGUGGGUAUCUGGUGGUAAUGGUGUGCUUGCAACAGGUUUGUCAGUUUCUGGUGGGACAUAGGUAUUAAAUGGUCCCAUGGGACAGUACAAGUAAAGUCGUAUCAUUGUGUUUCUGGGAUCUUAUUUUCUGGGUGUAUCUUCAUGUGCAUCUAGGUCUAGAACAAGUCUGCCUAAAUGUAUCUGACUGUAUCUUUCAUGGUGGUUCUCCCUCCCUCUGUGUAUGUCUGUGUGUGGGUGUGUGACUUCCACACACAACUGUAGGUCAGAAAACAACUUGUAGGGAUCGCAUACAGGUUGGCAGACUUGGGUAGCAAAUACCCUUUCCCUCUGAGUCAUCUCACCUGCAGUGCUUUUGGUUUUAAGUCACAUUCUCACUAUGUUCCCUAGUCUGACCACCGAUUCAUGGUGGUCCUCCUGACUCAGCAUACAGAGGACUUGGGUUUCACAUGUACCCUACAUUGCCUAGCUUUCCAUGUAUCUUCGGAGUUGUGUGGCUGUCUUCCUGGACAUGAGGCCCUCUGGAUAUUUACACAGACAUGGCUGUUCACUUCUUCAGCCUUUCAGAUCCUACCUCUUAAACAAGGACGUUGUAGUUCCCACAAGAACCAAGCCUUGUCAUUAUAGAUUCUAGACCCCCUGACUGGGUCUAGUGCUAAGUCUAGCCAGGUUUGUGUAGGAUAAUGGCAAUUAAAAUCACCCUACAGGGGCCAAACUGCCAUUGAUGGCCCUGCUUCCCUUCUUGUCAUGGUGGAGAUAAAUGUUUCCUUCCCUGAAUAAUGGAAUAAUGGACCAGCUCUUCUAUAAGGGCCUGAUUACAGUUUUGAGGCAAAGGAUGCCUAAGCUUGGGUGAGAAACACCCUUGCAUCAUAGUACCAUGCAUAGCUCCAGGUUCUGAUUGGGUUUUUUGGUUGUUGUUGUUGUUGGGGUUUUUUGUUUGUUUGUUUCCCGAGACAGGGUUUCUCUGAAUAACAAGUCCUGACUGUCUCUAAACUCACUCUGUAGACCAGGCGGGUCUCGAACUCAUAGAGAUCCGCCUGCUUCUGCCUCUCGAGUGCUGGAAUUAAGGUAUGCGCCACAACCGCCAGGUUAGGCUUUGAUUCUUAAAAGCUGGUUUGGCGUUGUCUCCUCACCGAUCCAAAGCUGCAAAAGCGACGGCGGCAGCAAACCUGCAUCCUAGGAAAGGAGGCUGCGCUUUCUUUUUUAAGUGUGUACACACACCCCACCACACUAACAACCAAAACAAACGGGGUUGUCGCAAAGGGAUUCCCAAAACCUGUUCGUGAGUGCUUGUGCGCGAGCGCGUGUGUCUGUGUGUCUGCGCGCGCGCCCGCCCCCGCCCCCACAUUUGCAUACAGGCCCCGCCUCCGCGGAAGAACCUGGCAUGUAUUUGCAUAAGGGACACUUGAAACGUUGGUGGUGGCAUGCAAAUAAGGACUGGCUCCGAUUGGCCGGGGUACAGCAGGUGCCGUGUCCGGAUUGAUCAAAGCCAGGUGGGCGGGGCUGUCGCGCAGGGCGACUCUCCGGGAGGCGCGUGCCCCGGCUCAGUAGCGUUGGGGCUGGCGCGCGCGACGAAUCUCAACGCCGCGCCGUCUGCGGGCGCUUCCGGGCCACCAGAUUCCCUACCUUCCACCCUGGCGCCCCCCAGCCCUGGCUCUCCAGCCGCUCUGCCCCGGGCAUCCACGCCCUGCGGGCUCAGCGGAUUCAGCGGGCUCAAUCUACGUAGCUCCUCCUCCAUGUUGACCAAGCCUCUGCAGGGGCUUCCUUCGCCCCCUGUAACCCCCACGCAGCCUCCAGGUGGCAAGAAUCGGGCAGCUUUCGAGGCCGAAUACCGACUUGGCCCCCUCCUGGGUAAGGGAGGCUUUGGCACCGUCUUCGCGGGACACCGCGUCACAGAUAGACGUCAGGUGGCCAUCAAAGUAAUCUCCCGGAGCCGUGUGCUAGGCUGGUCCACCGUGUCAGACUCAGUGACUUGCCCACUUGAGGUAGCACUGCUGUGGAAGGUGGGUGAAGGCAACGGGCAUCCAGGUGUGAUACGCCUGCUUGACUGGUUUGAGACCCCAGAGGGCUUCAUGCUGGUCCUUGAACGGCCUAUGCCUGCCCAGGAUCUUUUUGACUACAUCACAGAGAAGGGCCCGCUGGGUGAAAGCCGUAGCCGCAGCUUCUUUACCCAAGUAGUGGCAGCUGUCCAGCACUGCCAUGCUCGCGGAGUUGUCCAUCGCGAUAUCAAGGAUGAGAACAUCCUGAUAGACCUCUGCCGGGGUUGUAUUAAACUCAUUGAUUUUGGUUCUGGGGCCCUGCUGCAUGAUGAACCAUACACGGACUUUGAUGGGACAAGGGUGUAUAGCCCUCCAGAGUGGAUCUCUCGACAUCAGUACCAUGCCCUCCCAGCUACUGUCUGGUCACUGGGUGUCCUCCUCUAUGACAUGGUCUGUGGGGACAUUCCCUUCGAGAGGGACCAGGAGAUUCUGGAGGCUGAGCCCCACUUUCCUGCUCAUGUCUCCCCAGAUUGCUGUGCCCUAAUCCGCCGGUGCCUGGCCCCUAAACCCUGCUCCCGACCUUCACUGGAGGAGAUUCUGCUGGACCCCUGGAUGCAAACACCAGCUGAAGAAGCGCCCAUCAAUCCCUCCAAAGGAAGCACCACCCCCUUACCCUGGUCCCUGCUUCCCUAGGCCCAGCCAGGCUCUCUGGUUGGAAUCCCAUGGUCAUGCUACAGGGAUAGAUGGACAUCUGUUGACCUGGUUAUACAGGUUGUUAAAGAUCCAGUAUUACUAAGGUCAGGGAAUAAGGAUCAGGGGUCAGAAGAUAGCCAAGUCUGCCCAGUUCCUAUCCCAAUCCUGUGAAGGAGCUCUCCUCCCGGAACCUGUGGUCCCUUAUUUGGGAGGGGGGAGUUACUUGUUUCUUGUUCUGUUAAGGAUGUUUAUUUGGUUGGAUUCCUUCCCUUCUAGGCCCUAUGAUUCUUAUUAUGACAUUGUAGUCCCUACACUGGCACCUCCUAUACUACUACCACAAACUUAGACACUUAGUUUAAAUGCUCUCACUCGGGCAAGGGUGCUUUCCUUAAAUACCCCAGCAGCUCUUUAGCAAAAGGGCCCUUACCCUGGGAUCUCAAUUCAGUUGCUGCUUGCCUGCCUUAGCCCAGAAAUGAUUAUUCUGGGGAAGGUAACACCCUAUUAAGCCCUAUUAAUUAGUAUCCCACUGCUUUUUUAAUUUUAAUUUUAUUUUAUUUUAUUUUUUGGUGAGGGGACCCUAUUGUUAUCCCAAGUGCUCUUAUUCUGGUGAGAAGAACCUUACUUCCAUAAUUUGGGAAGGAAUGGGAGAUGGACAUCAUCGGACACCACCAGAGACUAGGAUGGGAUGGUUUUGGGGGGAUGGGAUGGAGGAAAUAAGUCUUACUGUUUGUUCUCCUGGGGUCCCCCCUCUCCAACUUUUGCUGCCUCCUCCUGAGCCAGGAUUGUCCAGUGGUAAAGUGUAAAUAAUUAUGUACUGGAGGUAGGAGAGCUGCAGCUGUGCCCUCCUGUCCCUUCUCCCCCUGCCUGGAUUAUUUAAAAAGCCAUGUGUGGAAACCUAUUUAAUAAAUAAUGAAGUCACGAA